AUUAUCCUCACCACCAACAUUGGGCUGCAAACCUGCCAAGACACCCCUUGUACGCCGCCCCAGUUUCCCACCUACGGAGUACAAGCCUACAAACGUGGAGACGGUUUUGUGAGGAAGGAACCACUGGAAACCUCACAGUGGCAGCUUCCCUCCGCCACCAACCAAUCGCAGCAUCGCAACGCCUGCCUCUCACAUCUGCCCAUUCCCCUACCCGACAUUACCCAUUCACUCUAUUUCUCAAGUUGAUAUUUCUAUCCAUUCCCACCUAAUCCCUCCCCCGUUGGCAUUUCCCUCGCACAGCUCUUCCUCGUCAGCACUGGUUUCAUCUACAGCAUCGCGAAUCACCAGUUCAACACCUUCCACACGUCCCGCUACCUCCCCAGUUAUCCCACUUCGCAGCUAUGGCGUCACGCCUCCUUCCGCGCUUCGCCUCCGCCUCCCGCACCCUCCGAGCUCCCACCACCUCCCCAUUCCUCUCCAGAUCAUUCCAGACAUCCUCUAGAAGAUAUCAAGAAGCUGUUGCUGCGACUCCCGUGGUCAAGAAGCCUGUGGGCGCUUUCAGAGGGGGACUCUUUGGCUUUCUCCUGGGAACCACACUUGCUGGCGCCUCGGUCUACUAUUACAUCCUCGAGGAGUACAAAGUUUCCAACGAGCUAUUGACAGAAGAUAUCUACGCCCUUCAAGCAGCCAUCCAAAGACUCCACUCGUACGUCUCGGAACUGGAGAACAGAAUAGGACAACAGAAAUGAAUUGAGACGAACAACUUGACCGUUCGAUCGGAGCGGCGACCACUGCUCCUCGAUUGAAAAUGCCAACACUAAAAGAGCCGAGACGAGACAAGAUGGAUUGAUUCAUGGUACUCGGUGUGGUGUCUUUACCGGAUUGAGCACGUCCGGAUGUGCUGGAAUUGCACCUCUACUUCAGAUAUCCCGCCUCCAGGUUUGAGCCUUUGAGCGUUGUAAAAUCAAAAAUAUAUUGGGUUGCGUUCACUGUUUCCAGUUGGUUUCCAGCUGGUGACUGUCUUGUUCUAUGUCCGUCGAACUCCUGUCAAACACACUGGCUCGGCCAUGGGAGUGACUAGGAGAAUUUCUGAUGCCGAAACGGCGCCGGAUCUGCCGCGGAGUUCCACGAGUCUUUCUGAAAAUCUCACCAAGACUUCGACAGCCUUGCAGAGUGUCGCCAAGGCUGCCGUGUGUUUGCUUUUGGGAGACGCGCACGUGCGAGUUGAGGCGACGCGGCAUGACAGACUGAUUGAGAAGUAGCAGCAAACAAAAAUAGGAGUAUUUGGUAUUAUAUGGAAAAGUGAUUGCAGCUCUUAA